AUGCAGUCUGAGCAUUGCACGCUCGCCUUCCUCCUCAGCUUCCUCCUGGCUUGGCCAGCAGAAACGCAGCCAGCACAGGACUCCCUGAAGCCCCAGAGGGUACGAUUUCAAUCCCGGAAUUUUCACAACAUUCUACACUGGCAGCGUGGCCAGGUGCUGAGGGCCAACCACAGCCUCUAUUUUGUGCAGUACAAAGUGUAUGGACAGAGACAAUGGACAAAUAAAGAGGACUGUUGGGGUAUUCCAGACCUCUUUUGUGACCUUACCAAUGAAACCGCCGACAUAAAGGAACCUUAUUAUGGAAGGGUGCGAGCAGCCAUGGCUCAGAUCCACUCCAGCUGGAGCAUGAGCCCGCGGUUCAUGCCCUGGUGGGAAACAAAAAUUGAUCCUCCAGACAUGAAUAUAACACAAGUUGAUGGAUCUCUGUUGGUGAGUCUACGUGCUCCAAACUUACCAUACCGAAACCAAAAAGGCAAAAACAUAUCAAUGGAAAAUUAUUAUGAAUUAGUGUACCGAGUAUUUAUAAUUAACAAUUCACUGGAAAAGGAACAAAAAGUCUAUGAAGGAGCUCACAGAAUUGUUGAAAUUGAAGCCCUAACACGUCACUCUGGAUACUGCCUGGUGGCUGAUAUCUAUCAGCCCAUGCUAGACAGAAGAAGUAAGAGAAGUCAUGAGAGAUGUGUGAAGAUCCUGUGA